UUCCCUCCCCGCCUUGGCCCCUGCCCACGUGACCCGCGCGGGCCAAUGGGCGCGCGGGGCGGCGGGGAUCCGGCUGGAACCGGUUGGGCCGCGUCCGGCUCUAUAUAAAACUUUAUAAACACCCGAUUCCAAUUAGUGGGGUCGGGACCAGCGCAGCCCGCCGGGUGCAGCCCCGCAGCGCAGCGCGCCCCGCUCCGCAGCGCCCCGCUCCGCUCCGCAGCGCCGCCAGCGCGCCCGGCUCCCGCACCCCCGCCUCCCGCGCCGCUCCCUCCGCCCCCUCACGGCGCCCGGCGCGCUCCGCUCUCCGCACACACUCACACACAUUUACACACACACACACAUUUACACACACUCACACUCGCACACGCGGAGCCAUGCCCAAGAGAAAGGCUGAAGGAGAGACCAAGGGCGAUAAGGCCAAAGUUAAGGAUGAGCCCCAGCGGAGAUCAGCGAGGUUAUCUGCUAAGCCCGCUCCUCCCAAGCCAGAGCCCAAACCUAAAAAAGCAGCUCCAAAGAAGAGCGAGAAGGUGCCCAAGGGGAAGAAAGGAAAAGCUGAUGCUGGCAAGGAGGGAAACAACCCUGCAGAAAAUGGAGAUGCCAAAACAGACCAGGCACAGAAAGCCGAAGGUGCUGGUGAAGCCAAGUAAAACGUGUGAAUUUUUGAUAACUGUGUACUUCUGGUGACUGUACAGUUUGAAAUACUAUUUUUUAUCAAGUUUUAUAACAAUGCAGAAUUUUGGUUUACUUUUUUUUAAGCUAUGUUGUUAGCACACAGACCGCUUCAUUGUUGUGUUCUGGGGGGGGGGGGGGGGGCAAUGGGGACAAAAGCCAUUUAGUCUAUUUCUCAAAACCUAAAUUUUAAUAAGAAAAGCUUCUGCCAGUCCCCCAGUUUUUGGAAGAAGGGAUUCCUCCCGUUGUGUCCCGGUGAACAUCAGAGCUCCCUCGGUGCCGUUGCCUCUGCACAUCCCAGCCCUGCCCCGGUGUCCCCCGCUCACCCCGAGCCGUCACUCCAAACCACAGAGCUGGGUCUGCAUUGCUGCCGUCCAGCCUGGCCUGUUCUGCCUCAGAAAGGAGCUGCUCUGCCUCUCUCCCCCUGUGGACCCUCAGAUGCAGAAUUUCUGCCCCUGCAGUUCGUGCUCCCCUCCAAGUCAGGGUGGGUUUGUGCAGCGUUGUCAGACAGCGCGCCCACCCUCACUCUAAACCUCACCCGGUGCCAGCCGAACAUUCUGACGGUUUUUAGCAACUUCUCCAUUCCGGUAGUCCACAAAGGGAGGGGAGUUUGACAGUUGUUGUAAAAUGUUGCGGAUUGUAGCCCAUGUCCUGCCUAAAUUACCAUGAUUGUUCAUGAAAAGUACCUUUAAUAAAGCUGGAUACGGUUUGGCUUGGACUGUU